AUGGCUCGCUUCAACUCAUUUCUGGCGCUUUUCGGUGGACUUCUAGCUGUUGCAAGUGCUUCACCAGCAGCCACUGCUAGUGAUCCUUUCUCUCCGGCACAAAUCAUCAAUGCCCUUGGCGUUGGUCUUGUCAAAGAUAUCAAUGCAUUCAUUACGCUUGAUUCCUUGACCACCAAUGUCAUCUCGGUCAACUUCGAUGUCAAAAACCCCCUCCCAAUUGAGUUGACUCUGGACAGUGUCAGCGCAGUAGCGGGACUCAACGGUACCAUUUUUGCUACGUUCUCCCAUACAUUCCCCGCUCCUGGUUUAGUAGUUCCCCCUCUUGCUACUAAGAACUCUGGCAUAAUCAACAAUGUCAUGCUUCCUCAAGGAGCGGAGGCAUCUCUCGUCAUUGUCCCUUUCGGCAUUUUGGAUCUCCCUGAUACGAAUGCCAAUGUUAGGGCCUUUACUGUUGGUGGAUUGUUUGGUACUCCCAUCGCUCUGGAUGGUCUUAAGCAAACAGCAGUUCCUACAAACUAUACGCUCGAGCUUGACUAA